AUGUCGGCACCACCACGACGCGGAGGCAAGGAAUUCUUCGUUCGAUCAAGUGAUGGAUCUGAGCGACUUGAGGAGUUUGGUCAGCUUGAGGGUUCUGGACCCCGACAUACGCAGAGUCAGUUUGUAGAUGCCGACGCUCGUCGGGUGAGGGAGGCGAGGAUCCGUGAGGCUCAGCUAGCUCAGGCUGAGAUGACUAGGAAAUUGGCACCUAUCAUUCCUUCGAUAGGAAAGCACGGUUACGAGUACCACAUUUACGAAUUCGGGGCCCACAAGUGGAGGACAAUUCUGACUCCCGAAGAUUCUCAUUAUCCCCCACAAAGCUUCGACCCAUUGGUGGUGACGAAAAAAGCUAUGAUUUGGCGGCAUUUGUCUGGCUUUAUUGUUUUCGACAUAAAUACCGAGAAGCUAUACUGGAAAGGUUCUUCCCCACUCGUUGGUGAGCCUAAAAUGGUGGUCAAAGGAGGUGAGGACUUGUGUUGUUGCUACGUGCGCUAUGCGGAGACUGUAGUGGACGUUUGGGUUCUUGUGGACUACACAAAAUGGUUAUGGGAAAGAAAGUAUGCCGUGAAUUUUGAUUGGGAAAAGAAUAGGUGCCCCUCGCGAGCGUGGAGCGCUCACAUCCCUCAAGUAACGCGUAACACAAAAGUAGUGAGCAUUCAGGGUAAUAUUUUGGUGUUGGAUAUCAAGGGUGCUGGAGCACAACUGCAUUGCUAUGAUUUAGUGUCUAAUGCGUCUUGGAUAGUCGACACCAACAAAUUUAAUGGGGAAACCCAAAAAACUUGGUAUGGUAGGCGACGACGUGUGGACAAGCAUUUCACUUGGUAUCAUUUGCUUGGAUUAUAG